CCCCAUUUCAGCCCUCCCCAUGGACCCUCAAGAUGUUGCGAGCAACAUCAACCGCCAGAGUAUCGCAGAACGUGUGAUCAACGUUCACACAACGAAAGAAUAUGAUUGGGUGUUAGAGAACAUCUUCAACGAGGCCAAAGUAGGAAAACGGAGAGUAUUUUUCUGGAAGGCAGACAAGCCCGGGUCUUGUCACUUCUUCGUCGAAUUUGCGAGCAAGGACUUCGUCCCAAUUGCUCAGCGCGAGGCAGGUCCAGGUGUGACCGUUCAUUGCCUGUCGCGCAACAUGAACAUGUUCACCGCAUUUGAUUGCCUGAGUAAGGGCAUUGAACUCCCAAAGAAACGGAUGAAUCCCGAUACUGAAGGAUCGCAAGCUGGUGAUCCUCCAGUUGUGAACAGACUCCCUACGGCACCGUUCAUGCCGCCGCCUGCAAAGCGUCCUAGGCUUUACGAUGAUGAACCUCCGAGGCGGCCAAGCCCUCCUCCAUACCGCGAAGCGCCUUAUAAACCAUACCGGCCGAGCCCAAAUCUCCCUCAAAACCCUCGCGAUAGUUCUCAGAGGAACUAUCCUUACAACAGCAACAUCAACCCAAAGUCGAAGCCGAGUUGGAGCAACAAUAUUACCUUGGACAACCGCCGACUUCAGAGUAAUAAUUAUCAAAAGUCUCGCUUCCGUAACGCGGAUUUCCAGAGCUCAAACGGAUCAGUCAGUCCACCUCGUCGCCCUCGAGAAGAUAACUUUUAUUACGGUGAUCGAGAGGACGAUCGCGCUCCCGGCCGCACUCGAGAUGUCAGCCCACAUAGGACAUCACGCCGGCGCUUAUCCGAUACAUCAAUUAGACGCCUAUCUGACGCGUCUACAAAACGUCCGUCAGAUACUUCAUUAAAGAGACCUUCCAACCCAACUAUUACUCCUUCCUCUGAUACUUACAAACCAGCUUCCCCCCACUUUUCUGUUCCAAUCGUCGUCCCACCACCGCGGGUAAAUCAAUUUGGUUUACCCGAGUUAGAGGCCUUGAGCGAAGAUAAUAUCGGAGCUGUUAUUGAUCGUCUGAAGACGUCAUUCAGUGGACCAGAAAGCUGGAUGACAGUUGCAGCUCAUUAUCGUCGCAAGAAGCUUCAUAAGAAUGCACUUGCAGUCAUUGACUCUAUGUUAGAGGUUAUGCGGGACAGAGGCAUGGACAAGGCAGAUCUGCGACCUGCCUUGCUAUUGAUGGCUCAAUGCCAUCACAGUAUUGGAAAGCAAGAACGGAGAGAGCCCGACUCCCUGGAAGACUCGAACAAACACUUCAACCUUCUACUCGGCUGGUUACGCGAAACGUACGGACCAAACACGCCUGCAGUCGACGCUAUCGCGCAAUCAGCAGGGUUCAGCAACCCAUGGACCACAGAGAAAGAUAACAGACCACUUUUCGGGCAGACUCAAUACGACUUUACGUUCCGCACGCCUGUUCCAGGAUUCGACCAUUUACAAGCACCACCAAGCUUAUUCGACAUGCACAGCUCUCUAUCAUCUCGUCUAGAAGCAGUCACAGAAGAAAAUACCCGGCUGCGAGACGCGCAGUCCGCAACAGAAGCCAAGGUCGACUCACUACGCGCAACACUUCAAGAAGCAGAAACCUCAAUGCGCGCAACCGAGGCAAAGCUCGAACGUGCGCUGGACGACCUCCGAAUCCAAACUGGUCGUACAUUGCGCGAGAGCGAUGGGCGUCGACGAGCAGAAGACCGGCUUGCACAGGAACGCGCGGCUUGGGAACGUCGUAUCGACGACCUGCGCGACGAGGGUGCAACACGUGCUGUACGGGACUUGAAUGCUAUUGUUGCAAUGAUGACCCGUGCGCCGACGUCUAUGUUAGAAGCUACCCGUGUUUUCUGUGAAGCGCGGAGCCGGUUGGAGCGUACGCCUCCUGACGCUCCAUAAAUAUUCCCACUUUAUCCUUUUCCCAUUUGCUAUCGUGAACGUUGUGGCUAGAUGAAAACGGCCAACGUUUUCUUUUUGAUAUCCCGCGCUAAAAGUAAAUACUCAUUCUGGACUGUCCGACCGAUUCUUGGAGCUUAUAUACCGCAUACCGCAAUGUGACCAAUUCGA